AAAAUCCUUAUAUUGGUCGGGCGCUAGGCCUAUAUAAUAAUAACUCCAGCGCGAUUUUCUUGAGAUUGAGACGGUCCAAAAUAGCUGUCUAACGACAACGUUAUACACAGGUUUAACGCUUAAAAUGAACUGGAUGGGUGGCGUCCGGAAUCGAUUGAAAGUCAAGAAUGACAGAAAAAGACAACAGGAUUUCUUUGAGAAGCAGAAAUUCACAAGCAGGGUGCAUAAACACAAGACUUCCAUUAAGCCAGCAAAGAAGAAACAAUCCAUGAGUUUGGAUCUUGUAUCAUUACAGGCAGCAAACUUCAGUGCAGCUCAGUUUAACAAAAAUGGUACUGGUAUUAGAAGUAGUGAUCGUGUGAACCGUGUUGACCUUGACAAGUCACAAGGAUUACUGAGACAAAAGUUUGUUGUACUUCCCGAUGCUUCUCCAGACUCCAAGCCAUCUAUUCUCAACCUAAGCAAACCAAGUCCCCAGGAGAGCACAAGAUGUCAAAAACAGUAUUCAAAAUACAAGAGACAUAGCUUAUCAACCAUUACAGAGGACAAGUCUUCUGUCACUGACCUCAGCAGCCAAGAUCUCUCUGAAAUGCUUUCUGGUCAAAUGGAAAGGUCUGACAUUUGGACAUCAACUCCUAUUGACUUUUGGCACAAGAAAAAAAUGCCAAAGAGACACAAUGUUGCAUUAGGCUCCCAGCAUCCUAUGAGACAAGGAGAUCAUCAUGACAUGGUGAAGAGAGAGCAUCCUUUCCACAGCCCUUCUACUUCAGAAAAACUUCUACUUAAUAGCUCAAAAGAUCAGAUGAAGAUGAUGGAUGAUAGUGAUUACUUGGAUGGCAAAACUCCAGGCAGUAAUAGAAGUGACUGGUCAGACUUCUCAACAUUAAUGGAAGACACAGAUGAAGCAACCGUUCCUUCAAUAGACAGUGAUGAUUUGGACUAUCAAGUUCUAGGAAGCAAUCAGGUUCCUUACCAGUCAUUUCCUGAAUCACUUCAAUCUAAUGAUGUGCCUUCGCAACAGUGGACAUUACAAGCAACUGAGGAGUCUUUGUCAGAUGUGCCUGAUUCGUCAUUCAAUUAUUUCAAGGAUUAUCAUAACAUAGACUAUCAUAUAGGACGCUUCACCACAGGGCGUCCCACACAGAUUUUACAUCAACCAACCACUGAUGAACAUUAUACCAGUUCAGACAAGAAAGAAGACUAUGGAGUCCAGAAACAUUCAUAUCCUCAACAAAUCACCACCGUUAUGCAUCCAGCAAAUGAAAUGUCUGCUCAUAAUGAAAUUCCAACAAGAAACUAUAACGCGGACCAACCUGGUCUAAGAGAUCAGCCUGAUGCCCCUGAGGUUACAAUCGUAAAAAAAAAUGAGCAACAUAAAAACAAACGCCAGAGGAGAAAUAGAAGAAUUCAGUUCAAAGGGCAUGUAAAGCAGAGAUCAUCAUUAGAUCAGAGUCAUGAUGUCAAGGAGCAGAGAGAUUUGGCCUGUAAUGAAUGUUCUAGUUUCACAUCUCCAGAAGAUAGCGACACCUACCUCAUGACAGAACAAGCUCGGAUUGACAGAUAUAAGCACCAUUCAGGUCUACAGAAUUUUAAAGCCAGUCAAGUACAUCAUUUGGAAAGCGAUGCCUCAUUGCAGUUUCCUAAUCCACUUGGGGCUAAGGCUGAAAUAUCUGUCGAUGGACAUGUUAUUACAAGAGAAAGUAACAGAUCCAGUAGUAAUGUGAAUCAAGUACAAUUGAAAGAGAGAUCAGUUAUCAAGAAGUUUGUGAGGGGAAAGGCAUUGGUUCACCAGGACAAAAAGAUUGACAUUAUGAAUCUGUACACAAGAGAAACAAAGCAUGUUGUUCCAGUAGGUGAAGAGAAAGGAAGAGACAUCAUGCAGGUCUAUCCAUACAGCAAACACCAUUUAAUGCCAUAUAUUCAGGAUAGUCAUAGUAUGUCAUUGGAAGGCAAUCAGCUAAGACAUGAAAAUACAGCUCCUGUGAUAGUUGAUAGCAAUGAUGGCAUUAUAAGCGAUGUCAAUGAAGACGAGACAGGGUGUAGUUCAAGCAUAGCUUCAACUAGCUCAGAUGAAUCAGCUGAUAUGGAUCUUGGAACAGACUCUCAUGCAUCGUCAAUAAACAACUGGCAAGAAUUUAUGCAUACAGACGUACAUGGAAUGAACAACACAGAAAGAAAGGCUGCUCAAAAUGACAGCAGAUUUGUCAAAGAUGUCCCUUGUACAGCUCAGCAAAUAUUACAGGAGGUUAUUGACUUGGACAGGCAAUUGCAAAAGGAGGCAAUGGAAUCCAAAACAGAUGAUAGGGAGAGUACUCUUGCAUUUGUUGGUGGUGAGGAAAGAAGGUUGGAAAAGCUGUCUGGUACUAGUAGCUCAAAGUUGUAUACUGAAGUUAGUGUCAAGGACAGGGUUGAAGGCAUCAAAGAUAACACAUCUCCAGUUUCAAAGUUAAAAACAUUAGCAAGCAACACUAAGAACAGCACUCUUAAAGACACCUUGGGAAAGGGACACUGUCACAAAGAUCAAAUUACAAAUAUUAAGGGGAAAAAAGAGGUUCUAGUCAAGAAUAGUGUUAGUUCUUCUCAAAAAGAACAAUCAGUAGCCCAGUUGCUGCAAGAGAAUACAAGCUUAUGUGGAAAAGAAAGCUUGAAAAACAUCCUCACAUCACAGACAGAUACCAUCAGCACAACUGUAGUUAGCACCAAUGAAGAUCCUGCUAAAAUGGGCUCUGUUGUUUCAACAUCCACCUUCACAGCAUUCCAACCAAAGGGAGAGGUUGUGACGUGUGAUCGCUCUGUUCAGUGCUCAUUGAUUGGACAUCCUCUGUCUAUAUCUAGAGGAAAGAUUAAUGAUGUAGAAUCAUCCAUGCAUUCAUCUGAUAUUGAUGUGACAUGUAUCGAUACAAUGAUAAGUGAUUCUGAUACUGUAUUAUCCCAUGAAAAUGGUUUUGAAUCCUGUGCAUCAACACCUCAAUAAUAUCAUAUCAAAUGAGAAUAAAAGACAGGUUAGCUUGUGUUAAAACAGAAAAAUUGAAGAAACAAAUCAAUGAAAGUUUGAGAAAAAUUGAACAAAUAAUAAAAGUUACGAGCAUUUAAAUGUAACCGACAUGUGUGAUGUCACACUUGUACAACGUACAACUCCUUUCACUUUUCUAUUUAUUUAUUGAUGUCACUUUAUUGAGUCUUUCCAUAGAUAAGGCAUAUUUUCCAUGGGAUGACAUGUAAUAGAGGUUUCAUAAAAAUAUAUAAUGGACAAGGAGUUUGUCCUAUAAUAAUUAGCAGAAAUAGAUGUUUUGGGUGUAUAUUUUCAGUGUUACUAAAAGGGUAGAUUUGUACUUGCAUGUCAUCACAAAUCUUGGUCGCAUUGCUAACAAAACAAUCUCCAUAGCUUUAGUGCCUUCAACAUUCAAAAAUUCAUAAACUUCUAAUUGUUUGUCCAAUUGAUCUCAAUAUUUCAUUUAUCUUAUUCUUUGAUAUUUCUAUUUUUACACAAUCUAACUUGUUCCAAGGGUUCUUUCUCUACCAUGUGACAAUUGCUAUUUAGAACUCAAGCAGCCUGUGAGUGAAAACAAGAAAGUAUCUUCUUGUAUUGUUGAAACAAUUUAAUUUUGAUAAUGAACCAGCUCACUAUAUUAAUUAAUCUUUAACAGUAAAUUUAACAACUAUGAUAUUGUUCAUUUGUAAAUUUUCUCAUAGUUGGAGAUAAGGUUGAGAAAAAUAUCUGUUAAAUAAAAAUAUUCUCAUUCUACAGUGCAAAUAAACUUUAUGAACUUUGAGGAAAAAAAUCCUAUAAAAUGAAAUAUGUGUAAUGUCCUGAAACUUUUUCCACUUUUGUAGAUUUGUACAAGUCUAUCAGAGUCUUACAAUACGACUGUCAACAAAAGCUUCUGCUUGAGUGAGCACCACUUCCGUUUAAAAAGUUUGUGGAAAAUUACUUGCGCAAAAACUGGAAAGAGAUAAAUGGAAGAAAGUGGAUGUCAGCUAAGAGGAUAUGUUUCUAUUGUAAGUUUUCUCCUUGCCCAAACAUUCCCUCAAGCUCUACUGGCUCCCCCUCCCUCUUUCUCCAAAAAGACUAUCGCUACAUAUCUGUUGUUACAUGUAGCCAUAAACUAAAUGAAAUACUCUGAUUUUUCUUAGUGUUUCCUUGACCGUAAGGCUUGGGAAAGUGUGGAAAAACAAAUAUUAAAUGAAGUACAUGUAUGAACUGUGAAACCCUUUAAUUUUUAACAAAGGACAAAACUUACUUUAAAAAAGCUGGAGAUGUCUGAAAUGAUUUUGUUUGCAAUUAUUUAUUUCAUUUUAUGUAGUCAGCUGCCACUGACAAUCUAGACGUCAUGUUUAUUAUUUUGGAAGCAAAGCUCUUCAAACAAAUUGCAAAUUACUUGUUUUAUUUUAAUGGAC